GCCGCCGGCGCAGGAGACACGCCGCUCCGAUAGGCUCUGCUUACUUUUGGAUUUCCUGGCAAAAUAGAAAAAUGUCGGAAACCGCUCCUGUUGCUCCUGCUGCUCCCGCACCUGCGGAGAAGACACCUGUGAAGAAGAAGGUGAAGAAGGCGGGCGCAGCUGCUGGCAAGCGCAAGGCGUCGGGGCCCCCGGUGUCCGAGCUCAUCACCAAGGCUGUGGCCGCCUCCAAAGAGCGCAGCGGGGUCUCCCUGGCCGCGCUCAAGAAGGCGCUGGCGGCCGCCGGCUACGAUGUGGAGAAGAACAACAGCCGCAUCAAGCUGGGGCUCAAGAGCCUGGUGAGCAAGGGCACCCUGGUCCAGACCAAGGGCACCGGCGCCUCCGGCUCCUUCAAGCUCAACAAGAAGGCGGCUUCCGGGGAAGCCAAGCCCAAGCCUAAGAAGGCGGGCGCGGCCAAACCCAAGAAAGCUGCAGUCUCCGCCAAGAAGCCCAAGAAGACCGGAACUGCCACCCCUAAGAAGAGUGCCAAAAAGACCCCGAAGAAGGCGAAGAAGCCGGCAGCUGCUGCUGGUGCCAAGAAGGUGGCCAAGAGUCCCAAGAAGGUGAAAGCGGCCAAACCCAAGAAAGCUGCGAAGAGCCCCGCAAAGGCCAAAGCUGCAAAGCCCAAGGCCUCUAAGCCCAAGCCGACCAAGCCGAAGGUUGCGAAGGCGAAGAAGGCUGCCCCCAAGAAGAAGUAAACUUUCUGUCCGGAGCGUUCUGCUUCAAAAAUCUCAAAAGGCUCUUUUCAGAGCCACCCAGAGCUAUCAUUGAAAAGGGCUGAGCCAUCGUUGUGCCUGGAUGAAACUGAACUUGAGUAAGCAUUUUUAAUUUUUUUUGAAACCGGCGCUCUGCGUUUUAUUGGCUAGCUGCUUUUUUUUUUUUUUUUUUUUUGCACUUAGCUCUAGGCGCAUGCGCCUUCUAUUAGCGAUCUGGCUGACUUGCAAAAACUGCACGUUAGUCCUCCCUAGCUAGAAAGGCUGGUAACUGUCCAUUGGCGAUAGCCACCCUUCUGUGACAAGGUGUCUCCCAUUUUAGUUGAGACCUGAUACUCUUAACAGAUCUUUCCCUCCCACAAGAACGCUCGCUGAGUGGCGUAGUUGGCAUCGUGCAGGAGACAAACUGUUAAUCUGGUUUCAUACACUUUAUAACUUUCAUUUACUAUCCCCGGCUUUUGUCUGCAAUUGCUGGAAAUAAAGUCGGUUGGCGGGAGGCGUUACCGACUGGACCUUGCUGAUUGGGUUGGCAGGGGUUUUUGGAUUUCACCAAUCAGAACUCGCCUUGACUUGUUUGCUUGAGUUCAGAAAAAAUGCUACUACACCAAUCGGACUGGCUAAAACCGUAUACCAAGCCGCAGCAGACUGCUCCUCCCAUUGCUGCAGUCUCCCUCCUCUUCCCCUUUCCCGCCUUGUACUCUUAAAUUAUCUUUGGAUCGCCGUGCCGCCUAAAUUUACAUAAAGCUUCUUUGCUCUUAA